UGAGGAUGGGGGAGGGGGGUGAGAGAGGGAGUGAGGAUGACUGACGGGGGUUAGGCUCCAGGGCUUCUGUUGAGGCCAAGGAUGCCCAAAUAUCUAGGUGGUGGUGGUUGCAUACCUGAGGCCCAGGCAGAAGGAAGAGUAUACAGCCUGGGCCACCAGGAUAAGUCCAGGACCCAGCAGGAGCUGAGGACAGACAGAAGGACCACAGAGGGUGUAAGGGGCUGGGGUGAGGAUUGGUGCCCCUGGGCCAGGACGCUCCUCUCUUCUCCCUGCUGGCUCCAGACCAGAGUCCAAGCCCCGGGCAGUGCCACCCUUACUCAGCCCAGCCCUGAAGACAGAAUGAGAAGGGCUUCCUAUCUCCAGAUCCUGCUCCUUCUGGUGCUGGGAGCUGCUGGGACUCAGGGAAGGAAGUCUGCAACCUGCGGGCAGCCCCGCGUGUCCAGUCGGAUCGUAGGGGGCCGGGAUGCACGGGACGGAGAGUGGCCAUGGCAGGCGAGCAUCCAGCAUCGUGGGGCACACGUGUGCGGGAGGUCGCUCAUCGCCCCCCAGUGGGUGCUGACAGCAGCGCACUGCUUCCCCAGGAGGGCACUGCCAGUUGAGUACCGCGUGCGCCUGGGGGCGCUGCACCUGGGCCCCACCUCGCCCUGCACGCUCUCGGUGCCCUUGCGACAGGUGCUGCUGCUCCCGGACUACUCCGAGGACGGGGCCCGCGGUGACCUGGCACUGCUGCAGCUGCGUCGCCCGGUGCCCCUGAGCGCUCGCGUCCAGCCCGUCUGCCUGCCCGUGCCCGGCGACCGCCCGCCGCCCGGCACACCAUGCUAGGUCACUGGCUGGGGCAGCCUCCGCCCAGGAGUGCCCCUCCCAGAGUGGCGGCCGCUACAGGGAGUAAGAGUACCGCUGCUGGACUCGCCCACCUGCGACCGCCUCUACCACGUGGGCGCGGAGGUGCCCCUGGCAAAGCCCAUUGUGCUGCCUGGGAGCCUGUGUGCCGGCUACCCCCAGGGCCACAAGGACGCCUGCCAGGGUGAUUCUGGGGGACCCCUGACCUGCCUGCAGUCUGGGAGCUGGGUCCUGGUGGGCGUGGUGAGCUGGGGCAAGGGUUGUGCCCUGCCCAACAGUCCAGGUGUCUACACCAACAUGGCCACAUAUAGCCCCUGGAUUCAGGCUCACGUAAGCUUCUAAUACUAGCCAGUGAGGCUGACCUGGAGCCAGCUGCUGGGGUCCCUCAGUCUCCUGGUUCAUCCGGGGACCUGCCCAUACCCCACAUCUCUUCUGCCUUGAGGCCAAGAUGCCUAAUAAAGCUAAAGGCCACCCCCAACCCCUACUCCCCACCUCCUGCCUCCUCUCCUCUUUGGGGCUCACCAGAUCUGACUCCACCAACCCUCAUCCAGGGAUCUGCCAUGAGUCCCAGGGGGUGACACUCCCCGCUCCCUUCCUGGCUUGUAUUUACUUUUCUCGGCCCUGGUCAGGGAUGGGUGCAAGGCACGCAGCGGUGGGCAGGCCAGCUGCUGCCCAUCUGGCCUGUGUGCCCAUCUUUUUCUGGAGAAAGUCAGAUUCACAGCAUGACAGAGAUUUCACACCAGGGAGAUCCUCCAUAGCUGGCUUUGAGGACACGGGGACCACAGCCCAUGAGCAGCCUCUAGGAGCAGAGAGCAGCCACUGCGGACAGCCGGCAGGGAAUCGGAACCCUGAGACCCACAGCCGCAAGGCACUGGAUUCUGGCAGCACCCUGAAGGAGCUGGGAAGUAAGUUCUUCACCAGCCUCCAGGUAAGAGCCCCGCCGGCCAAUCCCUUCAUUUCAACCUAAAAAGACCCUAAGCAGAGAACCUAGCUGAGCCACCCGGACUCCUGACCUACAAAGCUGUGACUUAAUAAAUGUGUGUUUUAAGCUGCUCCAUUUGUGCUGACAUUUAUACAGCAAUAAAAACUAAUACAGAUUUUGCUCCACUGUGAUGGAGGUGUCCCAGUGGGAAAGGUGGGCUGGCCAACGUGGCCACCUCCCCACGUACUCCAAGAGGCUGGGCACUUGGCAUCAGAUGUUCAGCCAAGGAGGGGUCAGGAGCCCUGGGGCAGGCCCAGAUUCUGUUCUCAUUGUUUCUGGCCACCAUUCACUCCCAGAGUGAGCCUGGGGCCCAGGUCACCCUACUGACACCUGCAUCUGGACGCCAACAGCCUUGCCCACCCUUGGGGUCCCCUUCCAGCCUGGUACCUGGCAUCCUGUCCCCUCUCUGCCAUAUCCUUGUCUCCAGAGCCAGGACCACCCAUUUCAAUAUAUAGAGGUCAGUUUCCACAGCUGAAGAAGGAAAAGAAACAAAACCUGGAAAACUGAAAACCUACUCUGCAGCUGACAGCAGCUGUCGGCAGAAGAGAAGGGAAGACAAGGGAAG